AGCCAUGGAGAAAGUAUUCAAGCUCAUAAAGCCGAAACCUCUAACCGAAAAAGUUCAAUCUCGCGAUGCGACCAUAUACAUGUAUCGAGUGAUGAAGAUAAUUGGCUGGAUCCCACCAAGGAAAGGACCUAUGCGCUAUUUAUACAGAUUGUGGACUUGUAUACCCUUCUUCUUUGGUGCUAUAUAUCUCCCUAUAAUGUUUGGCUUGAGCUAUUUUAUAGAGUUUAAGGACUUCUCACCGGGUGAGUUUCUAACCUCGUUGCAAGUUGCCAUAAAUGUGUAUGGGACAGCUAUCAAGUGCACAAUACUAUAUGUUCAACUCUGGCGUCUGGAAGAGACGGAAAAUGUGCUGGACCAAUUGGACAAAAGGAGACAAAGUGAAGCCGAUCGUCAAAGGAUACAUGCAAUGGUAGCCAAAUGCAACUAUGUGUUUUUAAUUUUCGCCAUUGUGUACGGUACUUAUGUUACGAGCACCUUCCUAUCAGCCGUGUUUAUGGGUAGACCACCCUAUAAAGUGUAUAAUCCAUAUUUCAAAUACAGCGACGGAAAAGGCUUUUUAUGGGCUCAAUCGGUUUUUGAGUUCGCUAUUAUGUUGUUUGCUGUUUAUCAAGAUGAGCUGUCUGACACAUAUAUGCUGGUAUACAUGAUUAUUUUUCGUGCCCAUUUGGAUAUACUAAGGCACCAUAUAGAAAACCUGCGCUUGGAUCCUAGCAAGAACGGGAAUGAGCACUAUGAAGAUCUGGUUAACUGUAUUGUGGAACACAAAAUGAUUAUUGAUUGCUGCAACUGGAUUCGCCCCAUAAUGCAGAAAACGAUUUUUGUGCAGUUUUUGCUUAUUGGAAUCGUUCUGGGCUUGACAUUGAUUAAUAUAUUCUUUUUCUCGGACUUAUUCAGUGGUAUAUCUUCGUCGUUUUUUUUGCUUGCCGUGCUUAUGGAAACAUUUCCAUUUUGUUAUUGCUGCAACUUGCUCAUUGAUGACUGCGAUAACUUGUCAGAAGCCUUGUUUCAAUCAAAAUGGGUUAAUGCAGAGCCACGCUAUAAGUCCACUUUGAUCCAUUUUAUGCAUAACCUACAGAAGCCAAUCGCAUUUAUAGCGGGUGGUAUUAUUCCCAUAACAUUAAACAGCAACAUAAGUGUGGCCAAAUUCGCAUUUAGUAUUAUAACCAUAGUGCGGGAAAUGAAUCUAGCUGAAAAGUUCAAAUAGCUGUGCACAACUGGAAGCGCUAAGAGGAACUUUUAUUA